AUGGCUCCAUCGUCCCUGUCUCCCUCUCCUUCAGGGUCGAUUGAGCAGCUAGCCGAUGAACUGGCGCCUACCCUAAACCAACUCAAGUCUCUCACUGCGGGGACCAACCCAAUCACUGCCCCCGAGGCACUGACAGCUACCGAACCCCUCCUCCGCCUCCGCCAUACCUUUAUCGACGAUGCCCACCGGCGAACCGCAAAAGAUGCAUUUCGAAACCUACAAGGCUUCCAAACGUUGCUGGCGCUGGCCGACCAGCUAGCGGACCUGUAUGACGUCGACGCUUUAGCCCAGAAUGAGAGAAAAGAUAUCAUCGCCGUUUUCAAGGAUACCCUGGGAGUGAUAGCUGAGGCAUUGAAGGAUCAUUUUGGAAAUAGAAGAUAUUUUGCUCGUCGGGUUACUGGAGGGGGAACUGCAGCUUUGGAGCAAACCUUGACUGUCUUUAGCCGGAAAAUACAGCAAACGGAAAAUGACGCACAGCAGGUGUACGGCGCAGUCCUUGCUGCAGCCCUGUGCCAAGAGACAAUUGCCAGUAUUUUUACAACAUUGAACGCCAAACUUCAACAGGGCAGCAAUUGCGGAUCUUCGAUAGAGGUGCGGAGUGUUGUAGAUCAAUGCCUGGGUUCUGCUGAGACAGUGGAGGUUGCCGAACUUCUCGGACCAUUCCUUCGGGUUUGGGUCGCCCAUUCUGCCUCAUUGAAGAACGAUGCUCUACGACUUGGCAUUCCAGCAUCUCUCCGCCAGUUGGCCUCUCAAUCAUCAAGAAACGUUGUAGCGUUGCACAGUACUGGGAUGCUAACUUCCAUACUCCCACGCCUGUUUGGCGACAGCUGUACAGAUACUGAAAUGGAGCUUUAUCGGAAUUUAGCGGGGUUACUCAGUGUCCAGGGAAUGACGACGUUGGAUGACGCCGUUGCUUUGUAUCGUCGAGCACACGAGAAGCCACAAGCCUUGAAAUUCCUCGUUUCUGCCCUCAAAGCUUCCAAGGAACCCCCUUCAAUACAAUUCGAUAUGUCUUUGCAUGGAUAUUCUUCCGUGGAAUUUGCGACUUUAGGCCGUUCCUUCCCACCCAGUGCUUCGGCUGGGUAUACAUUAGCGGCAUGGGUCCGCUUUGACGAAUUCGACGUGAAUACUCAUACCACAUUAUUUGGAGCAUUUGAUGCCACCCAAACGUGUUUUUUACUUGCAUAUCUCGAAAGAGACACUCGCCAUUUUAUCCUUCAAACUUCCAUCCGUGGUCCUCGCCCCAGUGUGCGAUUUAAAUCUGUCAAAUUUGAGCCUGGUCGCUGGUAUCAUAUUGCAAUGAUUCAUAGACGCCCCAAACCCACAUCCUCAUCCCGAGCCUCUCUGUUUGUUGAUGGUGAAUUCGUGGAGCAACUGAAGAUCGAUUAUCCCACGGCCCCCGCUCCCACUCAUUUGAAUAAGAUGCCUCGUAUCCAAGCAUUUUUUGGCACACCCCAGGAUUUAGCCAUGCGCCUUGGAAAGGGCGUCUCGACAUCUAGGUGGUCAUUAGCGAAUGGCAUAUUACUCGAUGAGGCCUUCAGUGAUGACAUGAUAGCUGUCUUCUACAACCUUGGCCCUCGCUACUAUGGAAACUUUCAAGAUUGCCUUGGUUCGUUCCAGACAUACAAAGCGUCAGCGACAUUGAAUCUACGUAAUGAGCAUCUUCAUCCUGGGAAAGAGGAGUCUUCUGAUAUCGUCACUGCUAUCAGGAGGCGAGCAAGUACUCUUGUGCGUGAAAGCUCAAUUGUGAUUAAUGUUUCGCCUGUUGCCGUGCUCGAUGAUGAUGACAGCAACAAUGUCGACGAAUCGCAAUUGAUAAAGUGCCUUUCACGGCAAGCAGCAAAGAGCUUACAACAGCUGACCAAAGCUGGGGGUAAUGCCGUUGCAGUCAAUGGAGCUACUCCCGCCAUCAACGAUGGCUUGACCCAACCACAGGGAGUAGGUAUACUGACGGGUGACCCUGUAGUGUCAGUGCCUUGGUCAUUGGAUGAUGCCAGCUGGUGCCUGGGUGGCUGUGUCGCUAUUCAUCUCAGUUUGGUACAAGCCUCUGAUUCUCCUGAGAGCCUUCGACUGGCCCUAGAAGCCCUUUACGAAGCAAUCCAAGACAACUGGAGGAAUAGCGAGGCAAUGGAAAGAGAAAACGGCUAUGGGAUUCUCGCAGCUCUCUUGCGCGAAAAACUAGGAUUUCACUUUGGAAAUACCCCGUUCAACAAAUCAGCUGUGGCUAGCUCUAACGCCGACGCGCAAAAUAGUCUCACACUCGACUUAUUGCGUCUAACCCUUGAGUUUGUGGGAUACAACUCUGAGAACCCCAGCUUCUCCAUAAUCACUAAUCCGCUAGCCUAUCGAGUCUUAUUAGUAGACAUGGAUAUCUGGCGCCAUGGAGAUCCACCCGCUCUCGACCUCUAUUACACUCAGUUUCAAACAUUCGCAACUGUUAGUAAUUUCCGCCGCUUCAACGCAAAGAGGCUCAGCCGUAUGCGUGCCAGUAAGAAGUUGCUAGAGACAUUGAAGGGUGGCGAGCUUAUUCCCGAGACGCUCAAUCCCUGUGUUUGUUCAUUCCAGUCUUUGAUGGAAAGCAGCAUGUCACCGGACCUUCUACGGUCAUUCGCGCUGUCUAUUACAUAUACACUCCAUAUGCCAAAGCCCACAGCAAGCUUGAAAAAGACGAAAAGUUUACGAUUUGUGGCAGCUCCUUCACGGCCUGGUUCGUCCAAGGGACAGUCCGAGAAACAUAUGUCGGCUACUGCACAGGCUAUUGAAAUGCUGCGGAUGUAUACAGCCCUGAUUUGCAAUCCACAUGACCAUAACCCACUUAAGAAAUUCGCCAAAGCAGUGACUAGCAAGUGGCUUCUUUAUCUUGCAUGCGAGGACGACCCAGAGGUGGUUAUUCUCGCAACUAAGAUCUUGGCUCGGCUGUUGGUGGUCAACGGCAGUGCAUACAACAAGAAAUUUGCAGAAAGAAAUGGGGGGUACAUAGUCUUGGAGCGCCAUUUGAAAAGAUGGUGGCAUAUUCCUGCAUUGUGGCCUAUUUGCUUCUCGAUUCUCUUCGGGCGAGAUGUUGCCAUUUUAGACCUCGACAGGCCUUUUGAUGUGCCUGGUCUUCUGAAAUUAUUCCUCGGUGACGGGGAUAUCCGCAUUGUGUAUCCCGAAAUGCUCCCCGUAAUAACCGGGAUGUUGAAGAGUGGCCUAAGAAGUAUCGUUCUGGCGAGUGACCUAGGUACCCAGAGCCGACCAGAGGAUAUGGGCCCUGCCCAAAAGAUGUCAUCCGUCAAAAUUUCGGGUGAAUCUUUAAGCAGUCUUAACACGCGUGGAUUUUCCUUAUUAUCAUCGGUAGUGGAGUUUCUAGAGGAGGCACGUACCAUAUCACGAGCCUUCCAAGAAUUUACCCUCCAGUCUACAUAUGCUCAGGAGAUUCUGGCAAUCCUUUAUCCCACCAUUGUCAGUGCGGAUGCAAUAAGCCCCAACGCAGAACUGAGCACUCGAUACGGCGGGCUAUCUUUUGACGACAGUAGCCUUGUUCUACGACCACAUUCGAGUGGGACCAACGCAUCAACUGUCUUGCAGACCACCACAGUUGACUUUCCCGAGGCUCCUGAAGAGAGCACCGGCACUUUGCGGCGAGGAUCAUCCUUCAUCUUGGUUUCCUCUGACAAAUCAAAAUUCCAGCCAUCAUCUGCCCGUAUCCGUCACAUUGUGCACCCGACUUAUUCCAGCCACGGAUCUGCCGUGGAACACCCCCUUGUUAAUGCCGUAUUUGGUUUGGCCCUCACCAUCUUCGAGGAUCAACUUCUACAUCGUAAAGAUUUUUCGGGUCUGGGGCUUUACAAUAAGACCCCCGCCGGCUUCCUCGAUCAUCAGGCAUAUUUCAAUUCAUGGAUUUUCGAGCGCCUUCUUUCAACCCUCAAGUCCUUAUCUACCUCCAGGCCCCGCCUUCUUCAAGAACCUCGCACACUCACCAAUAUUUCUCGCUUUGCAACGCAUCUCUCGGAGGCAGUUUAUGAGGGGUGGUUUAUUGAUGGGGCUACGAAGAGUCUAGACUGCCUUGGUACAAUUUUGGAGUAUGUCCAGCGACCGGAGAUCUCAAGUUUGAAAAGCAUUCGGCUGUGCAGCCAGGCGGUUGCUACAAUACACUCCACUGUAUACAGGAUUGCUCUACUACAACUGUCAGAGGCAGAUGAUAGCAAAACCCUGGCUGUUUUGAAGCGUCUGCACUAUUGGCAAGGUGUACUUUUUGCUACUGCAGACACUGAAUCUCAAUACAUCCAGCUACUCUGUUACUUGCUUUAUACAAAGUUAAUCAGCAGUCAAGAAGAUGUUCGUCUGCUUGCCGCAAGCCUAUGGCGAAUCAUGUUGGUUCAAAAGCCUGACGAGGUUAUUGACCUCCUAGCCAAUGGCCCCCCGCCACUUCAACGCCGGUUAUCCGAUGGGUUCGAAGCUCUUGCAGGAAUGGAAGAUGAGACAUUCCUGCGUUGGAUUGAUGAUCAGCGUGAGGAUCUUGAUGCUUUAUUCUUCGGUAUUCUCGCUAGAUCUUGGGAAUCAUUUGUCAAUGAAGAAAAUAACAAGAGCGAAGAGUCGGCCAAGUCUCGCAUGUCAAAGCGCAAAGAUAAGCUUAAGGUGUGGGCUCAAGUUGAGAAAUUUGAUGAAGAAGUGAUUCGCAAGCAUAAUGCGACCUUGCCUCAUUGGAUCUCCAAUAUUUCGGCUUCGGAAACACUCAAGUCCCAGCGAUUCUUCCAAGAUCUACAAGAUAACUCUGUCUUCAUGUGGUCGGCGUUCUCUAGUCUCUUAAUGGCUCUCCGACGCCCAGGCGGCCUCUUCUCCGAAGAUAAGGAAAGAAAAUGGAGGCUUGACCAGACGGAAGGUCGCAGUCGCAUGCGAUUACGAGUCGUUCCAGAUGAUUCAGGUGAACGCCAAGAUUAUCAGCCCAAGCGUAAGGCUUCCGAGCCUCCAAUGAUAAAGAUCAAUACACGGGUGCGUGCGUUAUCAGCAGGUGAAGUGGUGGCAACGCCGGCAACACCCACGGUAUUAACAGAGGAGCCCGAGACGGUGACCGAGGAACCGGAGUCAGAGGCACAAGACGGCGACCCGGAUACCCCCAGUAUGCUGGAGGAGAAUUUCGAAAUGAUUGACGACCCUAAAGUUGAGAUUGAAGAUUACGAAGACAAGAACAGAAGAGUGAUGAGAUCCCUUCAGAGAGGUGACCAGGUACAAAAUGUUUGCAACCAGUCCCGAAUCAUUGGUUUGGAGGCUAUCGAAGGUCUUUUAAUCCUGGGGAAAGACUGCAUCUAUAUUUUAGAUAAUUUCUUCCAGCGAGCCGAUGGCGAAAUUGUCAAUGUUUGGCAGGCGCCACCCGAGGAGCGAGACCCUUAUGUGCGAAUGAUUGCUGGCCGAGAAUCCAACGACCGUCGCUCCCAAGAGCAUGAAACGAGAAGCUGGAAAUGGUCUGACUUGGUCAGCGUCUCUAAGCGGCGCUUCCUCUUCCGUGACGUUGCCCUGGAGAUAUUCUUCACCGAUGGCACGAGCUAUUUGUUAACGUUCUUGUCCUCCCGCGUUCGAGAUGAGUUGUGUACUCAACUCGGCAACAAAGCUCCUCAAGUCACUGGAAGCGUUGGCCAUUCCCGACCGGAAGAUAUUUGGCGGUAUGAGACUUUACGCAGUCAAGACGAUGAACCACAAUCUCUCGGCUCCAAGUUUGCUAGUGUAUUUGGUCAUCUUCCAUCGACCCCAGCAACACGAAAAUGGGUUCGCGGCGAAAUUUCCAAUUUCCACUAUCUUAUGUUAAUAAACACGCUAGCGGGUCGUACCUUCAAUGACUUAACUCAAUAUCCUGUUUUCCCCUGGGUCCUGGCGGACUACACGAGCGAGGAACUGGAUCUGUCCAACCCCAAGUCAUUCCGUGACCUUUCAAAGCCUAUGGGCUGCCAAACACCAGAGCGGGAAUCUGGCUUCCGUGAACGAUACAAUGCCUUUGCAGAGAUGGGUGAUGAUAAUUCACCUCCAUUCCACUACGGAACCCACUACUCCUCUGCCAUGAUUGUGACCUCGUAUCUCAUUCGCCUCCAGCCUUUCGUCAAGUCAUACCUUCUACUACAAGGCGGUACAUUUGAUCACGCAGACCGACUUUUCUACUCUAUUCGCAAGGCCUGGGAAUCCGCAUCGCGGGGUAACAUGACCGAUGUCCGAGAAUUGAGUCCCGAGUUCUUCUAUCUCCCAGAGUUCUUGGUCAACUCCAACAAAUACGAUUUUGGGCUCCUACAGAACAUGACUACGGCCAUUGACUCUGUUGAGCUUCCACCAUGGGCUAAAGGUGACCCCAAAAUCUUUAUUCAGAAGCAUCGCGAGGCUCUGGAGAGUCCUUAUGUUUCUGAAAAUCUACACCAUUGGAUUGACCUUGUAUUUGGCAGCAAGCAAAAGGGAGAUGCGGCUAUUGAGGCGGUCAAUGUCUUCCAUCAUCUAUCCUAUAAGGGUGCGAAGGACUUGGAUGCUAUUGAUGAUCCGAUGGAACGUUUGGCCACAAUUGGCAUUAUUCACAACUUUGGCCAGACGCCUCAUCAGAUCUUCCAAAGAUGUCAUCCCCAGAGAGAAGAUCAGAGACACCGUAUCCCUCGACUAGAUACUCUUGCCGAAUCAUUGACUCAGAUGCCGCUUUCACUACUUGAUAUCGAGGAGCGAGUGAAUACUUUGUCUAUGAAGCAGGAUCGUCUGCUAUGCACGGCUGCGCUGAGAAUUAACGUUCCACCUGUAUACGACCAGUAUAUGGAAUGGGGCUUCUUUGAUGGCAGUGUUCGUUUCUACUCGACAGAUAAUCGCAAGCUUCUUGGGCACUUUGAGCAUCUCCAUGUUGGUCAGCUCUCCUUUGCCAGCUUCGCAGAUUCUCGUACGCUCAUUACGUGUGGCACCGACUGUACUAUUUCCUUAUGGAACGUGACUCCAACAUCUCGAUCUGUUGAUCUGCAACCCCUUGGGUCGCUAUUUGGCCAUCGUGCCCCAGUCGGUGUUCUUGCAGUCUCCCGAUCAUUCAGCACCUUGUUGUCAGCCUCCAAUGAUGGCCAGAUCAUGCUGUGGGAUUUGAAUAGGCGCUGCUUUGUACGAGCUCUUCCCGCCGAUGGAAUAGUCGAUUGCGCACGCAUCAACGACGUGACAGGAGACAUUAUUGUUUGCCGAGGCCGUCGCAUCACCAUGUACACGUUGAACGGUGAUGUGCUGGUAGACCAAGCUAUCUGCGAAUCGGCGGAUGACCAUGUUCUAUCCUGUGUCUUCUACGAAGGCGUUCAAAAUGAAUGGCUUGAACGCGAAAUCGUCUUGACUGGUCAUAGUCGGGGCGUGGUCAACAUUUGGGCUAAAAGCAUUCAUAAUGGGCAGUUUGAACUAGAAUUGAUCCGUCAACUGCACCAUACAGAUAAUCAUCGUGAUAACGGAGCGAACAUAUCUGCUGGCAUCAGUUGUAUUUUAGCUCUUCCUCAGGUAGUCUAUACUGGGGAUGAAGCCGGGCGCGUGUAUGAGUGGAACUGUAUUCAACGCCGAUGA